GCGCAAGGCACACGUACUAGAAGUGAAUCGCUUAUUCUAGUUCAAACGAAUCGGAAUUCAGAGGGCCUCGCUUAGUUUUACAGUGUGCCUGCAACGCCGUAUCGAAGCGAUGCGACGCGAUGUCAACCAAAUAAUCGUAUAAACUGAAAGUUCCCACCGGAACGAUGUUCUUUACGAUUCUCUAUAUUGUGGACAUGUCCUUAUCGAUACAGUAAAUUUGAAGUUACAGUGCGAUAAUAUCGGUUUGUGACGAGAUGAGGAUCUAUUUUAUAUGGAUUUCCCUUUUGAUCUUCCCUAAUGCGCUAGUGGUCAGCCAGCCAUUUACACAGCAGCCAAGGUUGGGAGACGAUGCAGAUUCUGCAAUACAACAUGGAGAUCCCGCCAAAACUCACAACGAACAAGUUAUAUCUGUAAGAAUAACGUCCUCAGUUGCUGUGGGAAGAGGGAAGGUCAAAUCUACCAAGAUACCAGAAAAUGAAUAUAUGCCAAAUGUUAACGUCACGUUACCACCGACUAUUGUAACAAAAAUAAAUCCUACGAAUCCAACUACAAUCGAGGACAUCGAAAACGAAACCGUAACCGAUGCAAUGCCGUAUACCGGUGCUAACAUAGAUUUUAUCAAACAAUUACAAGCACGGAAAGAAGCGAGAGGCGUAAACCAUUACGAACAAGUGAAUCCAUUUGAAAUAGUUAAACAAUUUAAUUACAACAUAUCCGAUGAGCAUACAACGGAAUCAACGAGCAAUACUGAUUCUGAUAUAGACUCUACUGCCAGUGAAACUGAGGAAAAUAUUGAAAAUAUUCCAAUAGGCAGAUCGAUUUCAUCUUUAUCGGCUAAAAAUUACGUACAAAGUUUAACGGAUGAUUCAUUACAAGAACGAGAUAGAAACACACGAUUGACGACGGUUAGUUUUAAUAUAGUACACGACAAUCCCAAGAUUAAUAAUAAUUAUAACCAAGCAAGUAACACUUUUGGUCAAAGUCAUCAAUUCUACAAUCCACCGGCGAAGGUCUAUAGCCAACCUGCCCAAAUUUAUAGUCAACCUGCCAAGUUUUACAGUGAGCCGGCGAAAUUUUACAGCGAACCAUCCAAAAUUUACAGCGAACCGGCUAAAAUAUACAGUGAACCGGCGAAAAUUUACAGUGAACCAGCUAAGUUUUACAGUCAACCAGCAUCGUUACAUCUCACACCGGAACCAUUGCCCAACCAUACGCCUUGGCGACCACGCUCUCGGACAAUACCACCAACGUCUCCUACGCUAGAACUUGAUAUAACCACGACCCCAAUUUCAACUGUAAAAUAUAAAACUAAUACAGAAGGAUAUAUUGUAGAACAUCAACCUGAAAAGAAUUACGAAGUAGAUGAAAAAAUCAGCGUCAUGACUGACGGACGUAGCCAUGGUGUUCAAAAGCCGAAUAACGAAAAUUGUAAGCAGGAAAACUGUAAGGUGGGUUACGUAGUGGAGGGAAGACAAUAUAAAAAGUAUCGUGUUGAAGAAAGAACACCCGAUGGCUUCAUCGUAGGGGAGUACGGUGUUGUGAGAAACGAAGACGGGGCCCUUAGAGGAGUCAGAUACACUGCCGAUAGCGAAGCCAGCCCUCGUCUUAUACAAGACGCACUUAUGAAGUUCCUGCAGCUCAAAUAGAUAUCAUUUAGUUGUAAUAUGCUCAUUUAUUUUUAUAAGGUAUACUCAAUAAAAUUAAAACACAUGGCACAAAAGUGAAACAUAAAACAUAGUGAGAAUUUUUGUAAAUACUUAUUAAUCAAGACUGAAUAUUUUGGUACCCAGAAAUAAUUCAUUUCUAACUUAUCCCAUACUGUACAGUCUUUCGCUUUGUUUCGGCUUCGCAUAUUACUUAAGCACUUUGUUUUUUUAUUUGCAUGAGAUGUUUCUCAUCGUUGAUUUCUGGCACCAAAAUCUCUGUAAUAUAUCGUCAUUCCUGUCUUCACAUCUUUGGCAAAACAGAUAUAACAAUAUGUUUAAACGGUAAUUUUUAUCUCAAAAUCCGACGGAAAGUAACUUUAAUUUAAGAACAUCUCUUUAUCCUUCUAUACCUGUGGUAGACAAUAAUUAUUGUCAUAAUUACUCAUUAGUCUGUAUCGAUUUUUUUUAAAUUCCUUGCUGAAAACGUUUUAAGAAUUAUACCAGUACUGUAGGAUAGCUGUACUGUAGGACAUCUUACGGUGAAGGAAAACAUCGUGAUGCAACCUGC